AUGUCUACCAACAAUGUCGAAGAGUCAAUGUCUAUGUUUUUUGAUGAUGAGUUUAACCCAUCCACAUAUAUUGAUAAGUUAGUCACUUCAGUUACGCAACAGAACUCAACGACUUCAACAACUCCAUCAACCUAUUCCAAACAGUCGCUAACAAAAUUAUCACAUACGAUUAAUCAGUUGAUCACCCACUUUGACUAUUAUGUCAGUGAUAUAGCUAAUAAUAGUCUACAUGAGAAACUCGAAAUGUUGGACAAAUCAAGUACAUUGAUUCAUACUUCUAAUGCUAGUGAAGAACAAGGCGGUACAUCGAGAUUACAAUAUCAUUUGAAUAUCCUUGAUAAUUCGAUUAUAUCAUUACAGUCGGAACUUACAGAGAUUAACAACACCAUCGAGUUAAAUGAGAGUAUCAACAAUGAAGCAGUGCAGACCUUGAUUCAAUUGAAGUUAGUCAAGAAUAAUCUAAUAACCGUGAUUGAUGUAUUGGAAACAAUGAAUAACUCAUUAUCAAAAGUAAAUGAGAAUAAACUGACCUACACAGUAGAUGAAUUUCAACUGAUUCUUGAUGAACUAUUGGGUAGUAUAAAGCAGCAGUUGAGCAGUACUGGAGACAAUUCUGUACUCCUAGCUCAUAUUGCAAAAUUGAUCAAUUUGCAAAAUGUGUUUCUCAAUUUAAACAACUUCAAUCCAGUGUAUAAGAGAUUCAUUACCAAGUUGAUUACAGAACGAGAUACAUAUUUGAAGCGUUUAAAUACAUGA